CAAGUUAGUCCCAAUAAACUUCUCUCAGGAUCAAAAUAAGCCUUCAAUUUAGCCUCUCUAAACUUCCCCAACAAAACAGAAGAAAAAAAAAAAAAAUACUUCUCACCAUGCCUGCCAAGAGGAAGUUUCUGCAUUAUUUGCUUCUACUACUCCAAUUCAUAUUUUGUACUUCCCUAGAUAACUUUACAGAAACGCAGACCUUCAAAGAAGGCAAUCUUCUAGUCUCCAAGGGUAAUAAAUUUGCAUUUGGUUUUUUUAGCCCUGGCAGUUCCAACAAUAGAUAUCUUGGAAUUUGGUUCCAUGAAGUUUCAGAACCAUCUGUGGUAUGGGUGGCAAAUAGAAACAAUCCUCUUAGUGGAUCCACAGGGUUUCUCUCAAUCAACCAAUAUGGAAAUCUCGUUCUUUAUAGUAAUCCUGAUCAAAAGGUUCUAGUAUGGUCUACAAAUAUAUCAGUGGAAGUAUCAGAUGCCUGCGUGGCUCAGCUUUUGGAUACAGGAAAUUUGGUGUUGCUCCAAAGCAGAAGUAAAAGAAUUUUGUGGCAGAGUUUUGAUUAUCCCACUGAUACCCUGAUACCAGGAAUGAAAAUUGGGCAAAAUUGGAAGGCAGGAAUGAAUUGGAUUUUAACCUCGUGGAUAUCAGCAAAUGACCCAGGAAGUGGAGAUUACUCACUUGAGUUAAACCCAAGAGGCUCCCCACAGUUCCUUUUGUACAAGGAUUCAAGAAUUUACUGGAGAAGCAUCCCAUGGCCAUGGAGAAAAAUCUCUGAUGUAUACAAUUACAGUUAUGUUAACAAUGAAGAAGAGGCAUACUAUUUCUACCAUAUGUUUGAUGCUUCUGUUAUCAUGAGAGGAGUAGUGGACAAUUCUGGAUUCAUCAAGUGGCUUAGGUGGCAAAAGAGCGAAGGCCGAUGGAAAGAGUUCUGGUCUGUACCCAAGUACCAGUGUGAUUUGUAUGCACAGUGUGGUGUGUCUAGUAAGUGUACUCCUGGUAGUCCUGAUAUAUUUGAAUGUUCUUGUUUACCUGGAUACGAACCCAAGUCGCCAAAUGACUGGAAUCUAAGAGAUGCAUCAAAAGGAUGUAUCAAGAAGCAGCAAGAUCCUUCCUCAUUGUGUGAUCAUAGAGAAAGGUUUGUGAAGGUGGGAAAUGUCAAAGUACCUGAUACUUCAGCUGCAGUUUGGGUCAACAAGAAUUUGAGUCUUUUGGGUUGUGAACAGGAAUGCAAGAAGAAUUGCUCCUGCUCUGCAUAUGCAACCAUAGAUAUUGUUGGGAGAGCAAGUGGAUGUUUGACAUGGUAUGGGCAAUUAUGGGACACAGUAGAUCAUAUAGAUGAGAGAUAUGAUUUAUAUAUUCGUGUUGAUGGAGUUGAACCAGCCAAUAAUGAAAGCAAAUCAAAUGCUUUUCUUGGGAAGGAGCAGAGGAUUCUAACAAUCUCUGUUGGUUUAGCAUGGUUUACAGUUUUCUUCUUUGCCUACUUGUGGCUUAGGAGGAGGAGAAAAGGUAUGAGGAAUAAAUGGGAAAACAAAGUGUUUGAUCCUAUCAAUGGUUCUAUUUACUACAAAAACACUAUGGUGGCAUGUGAGCUUGGGGGUAAUAGUCAUCCUCCAGACAUAACAUUUUUUGAUCUCAGUACCAUUGUGGUUGCAACAAAUAGCUUCUCUCCCACAAACAAACUUGGACAGGGUGGUUUUGGCUCAGUGUACAGGGGUCAACUAUCUAAUGGGCAGGAGAUUGCUGUGAAACAACUAUCCAAAAAUUCAGUGCAAGGGAUAGAAGAAUUUAAAAAUGAAGCCAUGUUGAUUGCAAAGCUUCAACAUAGGAAUUUAGUGAAACUUCUAGGAUGUUGCAUUCAAGGAGGAGAGAAAAUAUUAAUUUAUGAAUAUUUGCCAAACAAAAGUUUGGAUUCAUUUCUUUUUGAUGAAACAAAAAGGUCAUCCCUAGACUGGAGUAAACGCUUUGAUAUUAUAAUUGGGAUCGCUCGGGGGAUAUUGUAUCUUCACCAGGACUCAAGGUUGAGAAUUAUCCACAGAGAUUUGAAAUGUAGCAACAUUCUAUUGGAUUCAGAGAUGAAUCCAAAAAUUUCAGAUUUUGGUACUGCUAGAAUAUUCAGAGCAGACCAAAUUCAAGAGAAGACAAACAGAGUGGUUGGAACCUAUGGGUAUAUGUCACCAGAGUAUGCAGUGUUCGGACAAUUUUCAGUAAAAUCAGAUGUGUUUAGUUUUGGAGUGGUUCUGUUGGAGAUUGUAAGUGGCAAGAAGAGCAAUGGAUGUAAUCAAGAGAAUCCUUCCAUCUGUUUAAUAGGACAAGUUUGGGAGCUGUGGAGAGAAGAUAAUGUACUGGAGAUAGUUGAUUCAAUACUAGAGGAGUCAUAUCCUCCUGAUGAAGUCUUGAGAUGCAUUCAGAUAGCGUUGUUGUGUGUUCAAGAAAAUGCAGUGGACAGACCAACUAUGUUAGAAGUUGUUCUAAUGUUGAGCAGUGAAACAGCUAUUCCUAGUCCUAAAAAACCUGCUUUUAUUUUUAGAGCUUCUAGCAGCAGCAACACUAACACAUUGAAAGUAGUGGGAGAAGGGUCAAGUUCUGUAAAUGAGGUUACAAUCACUACUUUUGUAGCACGUUAAAGAUGUUGGCUUUCACUAAUUGCAUGUAAUUAAAAGAGCUGUGCAAGAAAUUUCUUUGCUCAUUUCAUAGAUGGUUCGGAAAAUUCAGAAAUUCUCUGUCAAAGGGUCAACUGAAAAAGCUUGGAAAUUUCGCAAAUCAUCGCCUGGACAAGUUAAAAAGCUUACUCAACUGUCUGCUACGGAAUUUUCAGAAAUCCUCCAUCCUUGUUUCCCUGCAGCUGUUCUUGGCGCUUCUGUUGUACUUCCACCCUUUAGAAUUCAGUCCAAUCUCAUUUUCUCAUCUGGGUAUCGUGUAUAGAACAGAGCCAAAUUCCCAAAAUAAUAUUUUCAAAAAUAAUUUGAGUAAAAUAUAAUCACUCACAAUUCAUCAUAGUUAUGUAUUUUGUCAAUAACAAAUAUAAACUUAUUAUGCUUAUGGAUUUCUAAUAUUUCACUCUAGUUAUCAA